AAAGUGCUCAAACUCACAGCUCCGCACGCCACAGCUGGGGGAGAGUGCAAACCAAGUGCAAAUAAAAGAAAAAGAAAAAAACAACAACGGAUUUAUCAUUUGCACAGCUCCUCCCGUAGCUCCUCUCUAGCAUGAAGCUCCACGUGCUCUCCGCCGCCGCCGCCGUGCUGCUCGUGGCGCUCGUGGCCGCACACGGCGCGCCGGAUCGCGAGGUGGCGGCGAGGCGCGCACGCCCCGUGCUCGCCAGGCUCGGGGAGGAGUAUUUCAUCCGCGUGGGGGGCAACCGGGAGCGCGAAGCGGAGCCCAGGAGGUGGCUGAGGAGGGCCGUGCAGCUGCAGCUGGAGGGCAAAGUUGGCGCAGAGGGUUACGCGCGGGCGCAGGAGCGACAGGCGGGCCAGGAGGAGCAAGAAGAGGAGGAGCAGCAGCAGGAGGUGCAGCAAGUGGAGCAGGAGGAGAGAGCGCGGCGCUCCGAGGAGCCUCCUAUCUCCCUGGACCUCACCUUCCACCUUCUCCGGGAGGUGCUGGAGAUGGCCAGGGCCGAGCAGCUCGCGCAGCAAGCCCACAGCAACCGGAAGAUGAUGGAGAUCUUUGGGAAGUAGAAGUAGGAUGCGCGAGGGGAGCGCGAGCUGCCAAAGGAACAUUUUUACGCCACAUCGCUGCUUUUCACCAUCCCCUCCCCCCUCCCCCCCUCCAUUUAUUACUACUGUACUUAACCCCUCCGUAUAGAGUCGAGUGAGAGAAAGAGAAAAAAAAGUCAUGGGGUGUGAAAAAGAAAAAAAAAAGAAAGAAAAACAAACAAAACUCUCCUCACUUUGGCAUUAUUGUUGUAUAAGUGCUGAAUCAGAACUGUAGCAUAAAUGCAAUGAUGCAUUAUUCGUUUUCUUUUAAGAGACACCAACACAGACAAAAAAAAGACAAAAAAGAAGGAAAAUAUUUUCAGAGUACUGUACUGAAGUUGAUAUUUUAUCUGAUAGACUAUCCGGUUGCAUUGUACCUUAUACAGUACAUUGUUUAAGUUUGUUAAUAAACUACAAUGAG